AUGAAGCUUUUUUCCUUGAUUGCCGGCGCAUCUGCCUACUCUUAUUCCUACAGCACUGAGUAUUAUUACCCCACUACUGAGAGUACCACUGAGUAUUACCCUACCGGGACCUCUGCUCCUUACUAUAGUACUGAAACCACGACAAACGGUGAACCAACUUUUACCGAUUGUGGCGGCCGCAUCACUGAGCUUCAAACUUUUUCGUCUCCAGACACAGGUUAUGGCUACUAUCCCAACAGAGCUCAAUGCACCUGGACCAUCGAUAUCCGAGGAGUUCCCGGAUUCUUCAUCAAGGCCAAUCGAUUCGAGCUUGAGUAUACUAUCUACAACUGCCAAUAUGACUUCGUGAAGGUCAUUGCCAACGGAGAAGAGAGGAACUUCUGCGGCCCCGAUCCUUACAGACGCCGUAGACGCGAAACCGAGAAGCCCAAAGAGGGCGGUAAAUGGACUGCUGACCUCGUCAACGCUUCGAACGGAGGAUUCGAGGACAUGUUUGUUCUAGGAGGCCAGGCAACAGUCAGUUUCACCACGGAUCAUUCCGUUACUAAACGUGGUUUCGAAUUCGACCUUGUUGAGGCUGAUCGACUCGACAUCAUUGAAUACCACUUUGGCAGAAUCGCCGCUGCUCUUCCAGAAGACGCUUCCUGGGCCGAGCGAUACGUCAACCGAUUCUACAAAGUCUUCAACAAGGUUGUUGACGCUGACAACGGCGAAAACUGCUACGAAGAAAAUGGCUUCGGCUCUGACGACUCCGCCGACGACGUCCAGGUCUUCGAUGAAAGUAACUUCUGCAAGCUCAAUGGCCAAGUCAACGCCGCCCUCAACAGCUGGGCCCGAAACAACGCUUGCGAAGGACGAGGCAAGGUCCACCGACAGGUCAUCCGAGCCGCUCGAAAGGUCCGAAACUUCUACAACGACAAGAUGGGCUGCUAA